UUCUUUCAGCUGGGAUUGUUUACAUUCAUCAAAAGCACGUUCUCCUCAAUUGUCGCCUUGUUAUUGAAGUUUAACUACUAAAGAGUAGAGCUCCGAUCCCUAAUUUGAUAUGGGUAAGCGUCCAGCAAAGAAACGGAAAGUUGAACUUGUCUUUGACGAAAAGAAGCGCAGAGAAUACCUGUCCGGAUUUAGGAAGCGUAAACAAGAGCGCCGGAAAAAGGCUAGAGACGAUUUAGAAUUGCAAGUGAAAGAAGAGCGAAAGAGGUUGAAGCUAGAGGCACGCGAAGACCUCAAGAACAAAUUCAAACUCUCCUUCGCUCCGAUCCCAGAACUAGCCGACGAGCUGAACGAAGAAGAAUUCGAAACCGAGGAUGUGAAAGUGAAAAUCGUUGAAAUCUCCACCAGCGAAUUGGCGAAAAGCAACAACUGGAUUGGAGAAAAUCGACCCAAGUACAGUGAUGACGAAGACGACGAUGGAGAUGAGGCGGAUGGAACCGCAUUGACAGAACAAAUUGAUGGAAUUCCCGGAAUGGAUCUGACCGUACAGCCGAAAUCAUCGAAGAAACCCAAAGCGAAAGAGUCCGAAGAUACCGAAAAACAUUCAGUCAUCGACGAGCAAUCAUUCAAGUCGAAGAAAAAUUUGACUGGAACCGUUCACAACAAGGCUGUGAAAGCGUUGAAGAGUUCGAAGGCCUUUCAAAUCAAACGGAAACUGGAUCAGUUGAAAGAUCGCAAGAAAUCGCGAUUGGAACGCGAAAAACGAAAGAAAAUCCACGACCGGGAGGCAAGGAAACACAAUGGGAAAGUGAGCGCGCGUAAGAUAAAGAAGAAGUCCAAGGUAAAAGGCGGCCGACGUUGACAAUAAAGAAAAUCCUUAAAUUUUAUUGGAAAUUAACGGA